AUGUGAUCGCCCACUGUGUGCGUGUGAAACCUGUCCUGGAUCUGGUGCAUAAGAUCAUCAGCACAGACUGGACUGUGUCCGACUGUCUGCUGCCUCUCACCUCACGCAUCUACAUGCUGCUGCAGAGGUUAACAUCAGUCAUCAACCCUCCAGUGGAUGUGAUCGCCUCAUGUGUGAACUGCCUCUCUGUACUGGCUGCAAGGAUGCCUGGGAAGGUGUGGUCCAGUCUGCACCACACAGGUUUCCUCCCCUUUGCCUCCAACCCUCUGACCAACAUGGCUCAGUGUGUAAGUGCUGAAGGGAUGAAGGCAGGAAACUACGGCAACCUGCUGGUCCAGAUUGAGCAGCCAAAGGGGGAGUAUGCUGUGACCAUCGCCUUCCUGCGUCUCAUCACAACUCUGGUCAAGGGUCAGCUGGGCAGCACUCAGAACAAAGGUCUGAUCCCCUGUGUGCUGCUGGUGCUGAAGGAGAUGCUGCCCACCUACCACAAGUGGCGUUACAACACCUACGGGGUCAGAGAGAGGAUAGGAUGUCUUAUUUUAGAGCUGAUCCAUGCCAUUCUCAAUCUGAGUCCAGAGGGAGAGGAUCAGGCCAGCACCCCCACCCUCCAGUCUCUGUGUAUCUACAGCCUGGCCAACACUGAGGCUGGACAGGCGGUCGUCAACAUCAUGGGGGUCGGAGUGGACACCAUCGAUGUGGUGCUGGCUGCUCAGCCCAGCAGCUCCGAGGGUCCCGGGCAGAUCCUGAUCCAGACGGUCAAGCUGGCCUUCUCCGUCACCAACAACGUGAUCCGCCUGAAGCCUCCGUCUGACGUGGUGUCUCCUCUGGAGCAGGCGCUGACGCAGCACGGAGGCCACGGCAACAACCUCAUCGUGGUGUUGGCCAAGUAUAUUUACCACAAACACGACCCAGCGCUGCCCCGCCUCGCCAUCCAGCUGCUCAAGAGGCUCGCCACGGUGGCUCCCAUGUCAGUCUACGCUUGCCUGGGCAACGAUGCAGUAGCUAUCCGGGACGCCUUCCUCACUCGGCUGCAGAGCAAGACAGAAGACAUGAGGAUCAAGGUGAUGAUCCUGGAGUUCCUCACGGUUGCGGUGGAAACGCAGCCCGGCCUCAUCGAGCUUUUCCUCAACCUGGAAGUCAAAGAUGGGACAGAGGGUUCAAAGGAGUUCCUGCUUGGUGAGUGGAGCUGCCUCCAUGUGGUGCUGGAUCUGAUCGACUCCAAACAGCAGGGGAAGUAUUGGUGCCCCCCCAUGCUCCACAAAGCAGCGCUGGCCUUCCUGCUCGCCCUCUGGCAGGACCGCAGAGAUAGUGCCAUCUCUGUCCUGCGCACUAAUGGCAGAAAUAGAGAGAGGCCUGGAGUCACUUCACAGGACAAGGGAGCAGGUCAGGCAGGCUUAUGCAGAUGUGGACCCAGAUGUUGCAGAGUUGCUGAGGGAGGAUGCAGAGGCAGUUAUAAACAUCAGCGUGUCAUUGGAAAUGCCAAGCAAGAGCAAAAGAUUACAGAAGAGGAGUAUGACAGUUGGCGACAGACACAUAGUGAUUGUGCAAGAAACUUUGCAGGGUCAAGCAAGGCAAUGGAGCAGGAGUCAGCCAAGAGGAUGUGGGCCAGGUCUGUGAAUCGCCACCAGGUGCGGUACACAGAGAUGUUGUCAGAUGGGGAUAGCGCAGCAUUUAGGGAGGUGGUUGCACUGAACCCAUACCCUGGGCAUGAAGUGGAACAGGCAGAGGAUAAUGGGGAAACACCUGGGCACAAAGACUGCGGAAACUUUUAUAAGCGAGAGGUGGGCGAGAAGCUUAUCCCUGUGUACCACCGCAUGCAAGUGACAGCCUGCUCAGAGAAUGCAGCAUGGAGGUACUCAAAAUGCAAUGUGUGCCUCAACUCUGUGAUAUGGGCGCGGUCCAAAACGGUCUUUGUGGGGAAAAGCGAGUUGAGGCAGCUCGCAAGAUGUCCAUCGCCCCUUCAUGGCCAGGUUGACAGCCUGCUCCAGAGAUUGCAGCAUGAGAAUGAAGAAUUUGUAAUCAAACCGUUACGUGCAGAUAAAUCUAAUGAUUAUUGGUAUAUUCUCUGUUCUCAGUCCGAUGUGAUGCAGCUGACGGAAGACUCGACCAAACUGAAGCUUUUCAUGGACGUCCUGGACGGGACCAAAGCUGCUCUGACCAUCCCGAUGUCUGUGCCUUGUCUUCGUCUCGGGUCCAUGAUGGCCACUCUGCUGCUCAUCCUCCUCAAACAGUGGAGAAGUGUGGUUGCCACAGCUCCGGACAUCCUGUCUCCGCUCUCCCUCAUCCUGGAGAGCGUCCUGCAGGCCGACCACCACAUGAUGGAGAGAACCAAAGCCAAGAUCUUCUCGGCGCUCAUCUCUGUGCUGCAGAUUCAGGGACUCAACGGUGGAGAUAUUUCCCAGCUGCCCCAGCUGCUGCUGUGUGUGUGUGAGACUGUAAAAGACGAGGCGCUGGCGCUCAUCGACAGCACCCGGCACAUGAGCCAGGUGGGGGAGGGGGUGGAGGGGGAGGACAGCAUGGAGACGGACUCUUUCCGCAGUCCGCAGAAGGACCAGAGAGACGGGGUGUGUGUGUUAGCGCUGCACCUAGCGAAGGAGCUGUGUCGCAGCGAUGAAGACGGUGAGCACUGGGUCUCUGUGAUGAGGAAGGUUCCCGUGCUCCCCUCUGUGCUCAGCGCUGUGGAGAUCAGCCUGAGAUCCAAACACAACCUGUACUUCAGCGAGGCGGCCCUUCACCUGCUGCUCACUCUGGCGCGCACUCCUCAGGGGGCAGCAGCUGUGGCUGGAGCAGGGAUCAUCCAGACCAUCUGCCUCCCCCUCCUCAGCGUGUACGAGGGCUCUUCAAACGGAGCAUCACAGAGUUUCUCCAGGAAGUCGCAGGACUCGGCCUGCUGGCCGGGGGUCUACCGCCUCUGCAUGUCCCUGAUGGAGAGUCUGCUCAAGACGCUGCGCUACAACUUCAUCAACGAAGCCCUGGACUUCGUAGGAGUUCAUCAAGAGCGCAUUCUACAGUGUCUGAACGCAGUGCGCACCGUGCAGAGCCUGGCCUGUUUGGACGAGGCCGAUCACACGGUGGGCUUCCUGCUGCAGCUCUCCAGCUUCUGCAAGGAGUGGCAGUUCCAUCUGCCCAAACUGCUGUGGGACGUUCAGGUGAACCUGUGCUAUCUGUGCCAGACCUGCACCUACCUGCUGCACAGCAAGAAGAUGCUCCACCACUACCUCCAGGCCAAAAAUGGCGAAGCGUUGCCCCCUGGUCCCCUCCCCAGGACACAGCGGGCCCCCCAGACCCCGUCUAAAGAGGCGGCCGGUGGAGGAGAGAGAGAGGAGGCGGAGCAGAAGGCCCUGCUGGCGGUGCAGUGCAGUCUGCUGAAGAUCCUCAGCAAAACGCUGGCCACUCUGCAGCACUUCACUCCAGACUGCUGCCAGAUACUGCUGGACCAGAGCAUGGACCUGGCAGAGUAUCGGACCCUGUUCGUGCUCAGCUUCACCACGCCAGCGUUCGACCCCGAUGUGGCCCCUUCGUUUGGGACCCUGCUGGCCACCAUCAACGUGGGCCUGAGCAUGUUGGGAGAGAUAGAGAAGAAGAAAGAACCAGUUUCUCAGAGCAUCGCCUCCCUGGCCUCAUCGGAGGAGAUCCAAGCUCUGAAGUCGUUGCUGAUGUUCACCAUGGAGAACUGUUUCUACGUGCUGAUCUCUCAGGCUGUGCGCUGCCUCAAAGACCCCUCCACCCCCCCCCGGGACAAACAGAGGCUCAAACAGGAGCUCAGCUCGGAACUGAGCACUCUUCUUUCAAGUCUUUCCCGCCAUUUCCGCAGGGGCUCUCCGUCGUCUCCAGCCAGUGGGAUGCUCCCCUCCACCCAGAACAAGCCCCCCACCCCGGGCUCUAAAGCCAGCCACGAGGGCCAGGAGCCCUUCAUCCAGCUGGUGCAGGCCUUCGUAAGACUCGUGCAGAGAUAGACUCCCCCCCCCAGCAGUAGAAUUACAAAACCUUUUUUCUGUACAGUUAUUGCCGUAGUUCAACUAGCACAACUUUGUGACCUGCAGUGAGUGUGUCGUUGUAAUAUUUAAUAAAGAUUGGAGCCAUAAUUUCAACAUUUCGUUUUGCCAAAAUUAGCGCCUGAUUGUGAAAAACCCAACAUGUAUUAUAACGAGGUGCUACUAAACAUCAGUCACUGACUGCCAUUAUCUUACCAAGGCCUAGUUUUAUAGGUCACUAUAUGACCACACAUGUUUCCCUAACCCUUCUUCAAAAGUUACACCUUUCAUAUAUAAUCUCCUCGUGUUUCACGACAAACGUAGAAGGGAAGCUUAUUCUGUCAAGUUUCUUAAUCUCUACUUUUCUAUCUGUGUUUAUCCAUGUACACAUUUUGAAGCAAUUACAAACACACAUGCUAAUAAAGGGACUUUUGUACCACAACUGUUUCUUUCUUUACUUGUACAUAAUUCCUUGAACACACGUUUCAAACCAUCCUAUACACACUGGCCGAUAGAAAGAAAAA